CGCUCUCUCCGGUGCUAUAUACGGGCUCGACCCACCUGUUCGUUCCACUUUCGAUCUUUCAGUUCUCUAACUCUCGAGCGUUUCCUCUGCCAUUCUCUGUACGUUGUCUUCUACUUUGAACUCGGCAGCCGGAUGUCGAGGCGGGGCGGGGGCGGCCGCCGGGGAGGCGGCGAUUACUACAGGGAGGCGCAGCCCGGAGCUCCGUCCUCCGGACAGCGAGGAGGAGGCCGGAGCGGUAGAGGCGGAGGAGGCAGAGGACGGGGCGGCGGCGGAGGCGGCCGUGGUGGCUAUGGAGAAGGGUACGCUCCGCCGCCCCGAGCGCAGGAGGAGCGCCGGAGGCCGACUGAUCCUCCGCCGUCAUCUGUGUCCGCGACCGUUUCCUCCUCGUCCUUGAGUCAGGACGUGGAUCGGCAGCUUUCACUUAGGGAACCGGAGGAGGCCGGAACAUCUUGUGCGACUUCGCCGCCGCCGCCGCCUGCAUCGUCGUUGUCGUCGUCGUCGGCGGGGACUCCUCCGGCGUCGAGCAAGGCGCUGCGGCAUCCACCUAGGCCGGGGUUCGGCCUGGUUGGGAGGAGGUGCGUCGUGAAGGCGAACCACUUCCUCGUGGAAGUGGCGGACAAGGACUUGUGUCAUUAUGAUGUUUCAAUCAACCCAGAAUCGAUAUCCAAGACUAGCAAUAGAAACGUAAUCAGCGAGCUUGUGACGUUGUAUAAGGACUCCCACUUAGGCAGGCGGAUGCCUGUUUACGAUGGAAGGAAAAGCUUGUACACUGCUGGCCCUCUGCCAUUUACGUCCAAGAAUUUCGUGGUAAAAUUGCCCGACAUCGGUCGAGACGGCAGUGUUAGGGGAGAGAAGGAAUACAAUGUGACGAUUAGGUUGGCUGGGCGGCCUGAUCUCCACCAUCUCCAAGAGUUCUUACGUGGGAGGCAGAUGGAUGCCCCUCAAGAAACUAUUCAAGUUCUUGACGUGGUUCUGAGGGAAUCACCUUCGACAAACUAUACUGGUGUGUCAAGGUCAUUCUUUUCUCCCCGGUUUGGGGAUCCAAAGGAUAUCGGGGAUGGCAUAGAAUUUUGGAGGGGUUACUACCAAAGUCUUCGGCCCACGCAGAUGGGAUCUUCUCUGAACGUUGACAUCUCUGCAACAACGUUUUAUAAGUCUGCACCUGUCGUUGACUUCGUUUUUGAGUAUCUCAACCUUCGUGAUGGCGCAAGGCCCUUAUCUAACUCAGACCGCAUUAAGAUAAAGAAAGUCCUAAGAGGGCUAAAAGUUGAGGCCACUCACAGGAGAGAAUUAAGGAUACGCUAUAGGAUCACAGGGAUAACCUCGAUGCCGAUGAGUCAAUUGACGUUUGAUGCUGGAGAAGGGUCAGCAAAUAUUUCUGUUGUCCAAUAUUUUAGACAACGGUAUAACUGCUUUCUCAAGCAUGUUAAUUGGCCCUGUCUUCAAGCUGGCAGUGAUAGUAGGCCAAUCUACUUGCCAAUGGAGGUGUGCACCAUUAUGGAAGGUCAGAGGUACGGAAAGAAGCUGACUGAACGGCAAGUAACUGAAAUGUUGAGAUUUACAUGCAAACGCCCUCAAGACAGGGAGAAGAAUAUCCUGGAGGUGGUGACUCAAAACAAUUACAAUGGUGAUAAGUAUGCAAAAGAGUUUGGAAUCAAGGUUAGAAAUCAGCUUGCUGCAGUUGAUGCCCGGAUCUUGCCUCCUCCAAAGCUAAAAUAUCAUGACUCCGGGAGAGAGAAGCUGUGUAGUCCUGCUGUUGGUCAGUGGAACAUGAUCAACAAGAAAAUGGUUAAUGGUGGAACUAUAGAGUACUGGACAUGUUUGAAUUUUUCACGUCUUCGCCCAAAUGAUGUCUUUCAGUUUUGCAAUGAUCUGGUUGGGAUGUGUAAUGACAAAGGGAUGGUAUUCAAUCCAGAACCAUUUACUGGCAUCCAGUCUGCCCGGCCCGAUAAUAUGGAAACUGCUCUAAGAGAUGUCCAUUAUCAAUCUACAGAAAGACUAUCUUGCCGGGGGAAACAUAUCCAGUUGCUGAUUGUUGUUCUGCCUGACAUCAGUGGCUAUUAUGGAAAAAUCAAGCGGGUAUGUGAUACUGAGCUUGGCAUUGUAUCACAAUGCUGCUUACCAAGGCAUGUAUCUAGGGGAAACAAGCAGUAUCUUGAAAAUGUUGCUUUGAAAAUCAAUGUUAAGGCUGGUGGGCGCAACACGGUUCUUGAUGAUGCCCUUCAUAAUAACAUUCCCUUUGUAACAGACCAGCCAACAAUUAUAUAUGGUGCUGACGUGACACAUCCAGCUCCAGGAGAAGAUUCUCCUUCAAUUGCAGCAGUAGUUGCUUCUAUGGACUGGCCAGAGGUCACAAAGUACAGAGGUCUAGUCUCUGCCCAAGAGCAUAGAAAGGAGAUGAUACAGGAUCUUUAUACGGUAAAACAGGAUCCACAAAAGGGUUAUGUACAUGGUGGCAUGAUAAGGGAGUUAUUGCUUUCUUUCUAUAGAGCGGUGAAUCGGAAGCCAUAUAGAAUUAUAUUCUACAGGGAUGGUGUCAGUGAAAGUCAAUUUGCCGAUGUAUUGCUUCAUGAGAUGGAUGCAAUACGGAAGGCUUGUGCCUCUUUAGAGGAAGGCUACCUGCCUCCUGUCACGUUUAUUGUGGUACAGAAGAGGCAUCACACUCGCCUGUUUCCUCAAGUCCAUGGGGAUCGAAAUUCAACGGACAGAAGCGGAAACAUAUUACCAGGAACUGUGGUGGACACAAAGAUUUGUCACCCGACAGAGUUUGACUUCUAUCUCUGUAGCCAUGCUGGCAUACAGGGGACCAGCAGACCAACACAUUAUCAUGUACUGGUGGAUGAGAAUCGUUUUUCUGCCGAUAGAUUGCAGAUGUUAACUAAUAAUCUUUGUUAUACGUACGCUCGCUGCACUCGUUCUGUUUCAGUCGUUCCCCCUGCAUAUUAUGCACAUUUGGCUGCUUUUCGUGCUCGGUACUAUGUGGAAGCUGAUCCCUCCGAUGGAGGAUCGACGUCAGUAGGAGGGUCCAGGACUAGGGAUACGUCUUCUGUGGUGCGCCAGCUGCCGCAGAUCAAGGACAACGUUAAAGAUGUUAUGUUUUUUUGUUAAAAAUGGUACCCUUUUUUUUUGGGUCGAAAGGCAUUGUUGGCCAAAUCUUUUUGGGGAUGGUUUCCAUUCAAAUGACAGGGAUCAGUUAUUCGUACAGUUAAGUUGACAGGGUUCAGUUAUUCGUACAGUUAAGUUAACAAAGUUUACUUCUUUAAGUCGACUUCUCCCCGUGUCAAAUUCCUUGCAUUUAAAUUGUUUUUGAGGGGGUUUAUUCUUCUGAAUCUAUUAGACAGUCGAUUCGGAUGUGGUUGCUGAAUUCUGUUGCGUCAUCCAAGAAACUUUUGGAUGCUGAGAGAAUGAUUCCUUUUUGUUUAUUA